AUGCUCAUUGAAGCUCUAUGUAGGUACCAAAUAGAAACAAACCGUGAGAGUUUUCCAAUCUCGAAUGUUGGAUUUAAAAAACUCACCGAUCCUAUGUGUGAAAAUGACUGGCUGGUGGCUCUAGAACAUAAAAUACACAUGUUUUCCGGUAGAAUUAUGUAUUUCAAUACUUCAAGCACAAUCGACACGCAUAGAGUAUUUUCAAUUGAAGAAACAAUCACAAACAAACAUAUAGAAUUUCCAUUCACUGUCGGUACCUUUGAUAGUGUCUAUCCAUGCACUGAUAUAUUUGCUAUAGAGCAUCCUGACAAAAAGCAUAAUGCCAGCAUGCAUCAUAUUAUUGUGUUUGAAUUUGCAGUCAACUUGACUAAGGAAGAAGCAUUAAAAGAGGCAAAGAGAAUGCAGCCAGGACUAUAUUUUAAAAAUGAUGUGUUGACAUCAUCCCGGUGGCCUACACAUAACAGAAAUAGCCAUUCCCAAUACAUUAUUAGAGCAUUGGAUGGAGACAUCCCUGUUGACAUUUCUGUAUUGAAGAGAGAGAAUGUGACAAGAAUGUAUUUCAAUGCAAACACAGUCGAACUAGAUCUAUCCCAGUACAGUCAAGACAACAUUCUAAGCAACGAUAUUUUUGGUGGCGAUGCGUCUUCGAGCCAUGAAAACAGCACUUUUUGCUCAGAUAAUUUACAGCUAAAAUCUACGGUUGAGAUAAUCAAUCAGAUGGAAAAUAUUAAAAUUUUUGAUAAUGAAAGUGCUAAGAUUGGCAGAGCUGAUCAAAGACACACACAUAGCAGCAACGAAGAUGCCAGUGUUCUUUUUGAACACUCAAAUGACAGUGGAUACAUUACUCUGAUAAAAGCAUUUUUGAAAGAUGAGCGAGUUUUCAAUUGGUCAAAAUACAAUUUCAUAAGGCAUUGCAUAAUUCAGAGCGUUGACACUCUUUACUUUAUAUUUUUCAAGGUCAAAGAUACAGUAACCGUGGUGCUUUCGAGAAGACUAUACAACUACAUCGCACUAUACAAUUACAUAAUCAGUAGUGAAGGUAUUAAUACAACAUUGCUAAAUGUGCCUGAUUUAAAUGUUGAAAAUAAUAGUGAGAAUAAUGGAAGUGCCAGUUUAAUAGAAGGUGAUUCUAGUAAUACAUUGAAUUUUAAAUAUAAAAUACCCGACUUUGACUGUCUAAGCCAGGCCGAACUAAUCACAAAGUACAGUGCCAUUGUUUUGGAGGAAAACACCUAUUCCUUUUGGUUUUUGAUAAAACUAAAGGAAAUACUUCAUCCGUUUAAAUUUCCAGGUCUUGUUCUCUCUCCAACAAUUCGAAAUAUGGAGUAUUUGUUGAAUGGACCAUACCCAUUCCUGGUGACCUCAAAGGAAGAAAUACAAUUGGAUGGCAAGUUGGUAUUCACUUGCUCAACACCCAUUCCUACUAGCACAGUCAAGAAGAGACGUUGCCGUUCAUCUGUAAACACAAAGGGCAAGUCCAGCAAUGUGUCGAUGAAGUCUUUGACUGGAAGACUGGGCAGGACAAUCUCAGGCACAAUUUCAGGGUUCACAAAAAGUACUAGUCGAAGCAAAAGCAUUUUAAAUAAGAAAGGGGAGUAUAUCCAUUAUCUUCUCUCAAACAAGAAGAAAAUCGAGCAUUUUCCAACAGUCUUUCAUGCAAGUACGCUGCUAGAACAGUACUUUGUCAACGAGCCCAAGAGGUAUCCAGUGGACUAUAUUUUUAAUAUUGUAACAGGGAAUGUCAGUUUUAAAAGAGGUAACUUUCUGAAUCUGAGCGACGCAGUCAGUCUUUGGAUGAUGAUAUAUCCAGGAAAGAUAGAUUUGGAAUGCUUAAUAAGGAAAAGAUGGAUAAACUUAGAAUACUUAUGUAGAAGGGCAUGUAUAGAUUGCGACGUCUCAAUGCUUAGAAGGAUAAUAGAGAAAGCUGAGGGAAAAGCGAGUGGAAAAACCAAAAAACCUUUAUUUAAAAUUAGAAUGAGCAAAAGAUAUAGAAUUUACAGAAUGUUAAGAAGAAUAUGUAGCAAAUACAGACAUAAAUGUCUACUUGACGUUCUCCAGAGUAUUUAUGCAGGCUCAAUUCUAAGAAUCAAUUUAAGUUUGAAUGAUGGUGUCAGGAUUAGAGAGGGCCAGUUAUAUUCAACAGCAAUAGAAUAUAAAGGCAAUGCAUAUAGAUUAAUGAGAAUUGAGGAUAUCAUUUCGUGUGUUGAGUCGAAGUAUCACAGUGAGCAGAUUGAUGCUAGCAUUAUUGCCUAUCUCACACAUUUCAACCUGCCUUUUUACGACAGUAAAUCGGAUUCUCAAAAUGGGCAUGCUAAACAGUAUAAGAGAAAUGGUGAAGAUUUUAAAGAAGAGAGUGUAAAUUCACUCAAAAAAUGUGAUGGUUUGAAAGUAUAUGUCUAG